GGUCAGGCCUGGGUGCGGUUGUAUUGUCGACUCAACGGUGGCAGCCGCGCCUUUUCCUGGCUUGGCGGAAAAGCUGUGCGAGUGUGCGUGUGCGGGUCAGCUGACAUAACUGAGGACCAAAAGGAAGAAACCAACUAGCGGCUUUGGCGUAAACCGGGAACCUACUACUUGGAACCCUACGCGGAGGCCGAGCGCGGGGGACUGUGCCUGGGGGCGUCCGUGACAGAACGACGGCAGAGUUUGUUUUCAUCAUGGCCUGUUGGGUCUGAGACGCAGCCAUCAUGAUCGGAGGAUUGUUCAUCUACAACCACAAGGGGGAGGUCCUCAUUUCUCGGGUCUACCGAGAUGACAUAGGGCGCAACGCAGUGGACGCGUUCCGCGUGAACGUGAUCCAUGCGCGGCAGCAGGUCCGCUCGCCGGUGACCAACAUCGCCCGUACCAGCUUCUUCCACGUGAAGCGCUCCAACAUCUGGCUAGCGGCCGUCACCAAGCAAAAUGUCAACGCCGCCAUGGUCUUUGAGUUCCUGUACAAGAUGUGCGACGUCAUGACGGCCUACUUUGGCAAAAUCAGCGAGGAGAACAUCAAGAACAACUUUGUGCUUAUCUACGAGCUGCUCGACGAGAUUUUGGACUUUGGUUACCCUCAGAACUCAGAAACCGGGGCUUUGAAGACCUUCAUCACUCAGCAGGGCAUUAAGGGACAGCACCAGACAAAAGAGGAGCAGUCUCAAAUCACCAGCCAGGUGACGGGGCAAAUCGGCUGGCGUCGCGAGGGCAUCAAGUAUCGCCGCAAUGAACUCUUCCUGGACGUGUUGGAGAGCGUCAACCUGCUGAUGUCACCGCAAGGUCAGGUCCUGAGUGCCCACGUGUCCGGCCGAGUGGUGAUGAAAAGCUACCUGAGCGGCAUGCCCGAGUGCAAAUUCGGCAUGAACGACAAGAUCGUCAUCGACAAGCAGGGCAAAGGAGGUGCAUCUGACGAUGCCGGGAAAAGUGAUUUAGGGGGAGGAAGCGGGAAGCAGUCCAUCGCCAUCGACGACUGCACCUUCCACCAGUGCGUGCGCCUCAGCAAGUUCGACUCGGAGCGCAGCAUCAGCUUCAUCCCUCCGGAUGGAGAGUACGAGCUCAUGAGGUAUCGCACCACUAAGGACAUCAUCCUGCCAUUCCGCGUCAUCCCUCUGGUCCGCGAGGUUGGCCGCACUAAGCUGGAGGUGAAGGUGGUCAUCAAGUCUAACUUCAAGCCCUCACUUUUGGCCCAGAAGAUUGAGGUGCGCAUCCCGACGCCGCUCAACACCAGCGGUGUGCAGGUGAUUUGCAUGAAGGGAAAGGCCAAGUACAAGGCCAGCGAGAACGCCAUCGUGUGGAAGAUCAAACGCAUGGCCGGAAUGAAAGAGUCUCAAAUCAGUGCCGAGAUCGAGCUGUUGCCGACCAAUGACAAGAAGAAGUGGGCUCGACCCCCCAUCUCCAUGAACUUUGAGGUGCCGUUCGCCCCGUCCGGCCUGAAGGUGCGCUACCUGAAGGUGUUCGAGUCCAAGCUGAACUACAGUGACCACGACGUGAUCAAAUGGGUUCGUUACAUCGGCCGCUCGGGCAUCUACGAGACGCGCUGCUGAAGAGGAACGUCGCCGCCCCGCCCGGCUCCCUUUCUUGUCUCCUCUCCAGUUUAUUCUUAGCGCCUCUCUCAUACGUUCGUACACCCUCUUGACUUUCCACCUUUGAAAAAUUGAAAUAAGUAAAUGUGGCAUAAUGCACAGAUAUAUGCAAAAUGUGAACUUAUUGUAUCUCGUAGUGAUGAGUAAAGCGGGCGGGCUAACGUGUUUCUUCAGUGUUAAGACACCACUUUAACCUUAGAAUUCUCUCUGGCAAGAUGACGUGUAGCUGUUGUGCUUUCACAUGAAUUUCGGUAUAGUUCUUGUGUAUGAUAGUCCACCCACCCGUCACCAAAUUCCCCCAUUUUGUCUGUCUUGUCCACCACCUUAACUGCGCGUGCUGCUUUUGUGUAAGGAAAAGGAACAUUCCAGACAAACCUGAUUGCAAAUUAGAUUGCGCCUUUUUUUUUUUCUUUUAAUUUUUGAAAAGAAAGGACACCUUCCUAAAUGUAUCUAUAAGCACUAAGACCAACUUAUUCCAGUGUUAAAUGGAACACGUGAUCACUUUAUAAAGGAUGAGUUGGGGAAAAUCGGGCCCUCUCCCAGCAGUGCGAUUUGGAGGUGAUGUUUAUCUUUUCCACUGUCUGCUUCCUCAUUUGUAGCCCUGGUGAACGUUCUGUCCAAUAAAAUCUGACGAUGUAUCCCAAAAA